AUGACCAUUGUUCCUGGUCGAAACAUUGACAAGGGAUUUGCACUGAUUAAGGAGGCCGUCGUAAGCGACAAUGCCAAGAAGUAUCCUGAGGCAUAUGAAAAGUAUAAGAAAGGAAUUGAGCUCAUCUCCAUUGGCCUUACGUCUGAGACCAUAAAGGGUCGAAAGGAAAAUCUAGAGAGUUAUCUCGAAAAGGCCAGGUUUAGGAUGAAACAACUUGAACAGGUCCUGGUUACCGCACGCGAAAAGGCCAACAUGAAAGGUUUGGGACCAAAGCAAAGUCCUGCUCCUGCACAGCCAAAGAAAGAUUUGACACCUCAAGAGCCUCGUAAGAAUAAUUCUGCCAACGACAGUGUAGAAGACUCAAAGCCAAAGAAAGCGAUUAAGCAGAAGACUGGGGAGGAUGACGCCCUCAAGGCUGCGAUCUCUAAUGUAAUUAUUCGCAUGAAGCCUGAUGUUAAAUGGGAUGACGUUGUUGGUCUUACAACGGCUAAAGAGGCCCUCAAAGAGGCUGUCAUUCUGCCGUUUAAAUUUCCCCAGCUUUUCCAAGGCAAGCGCGAGCCGUGGCGCGGGAUCCUCCUGUACGGAUGCCCCGGCACCGGCAAGUCGUUCCUCGCGAAGGCGGUCGCUGCAGAGUGCGACGCCACCUUCUUCUCUGUCUCGAGCUCGGACCUGGUGUCGAAGUACGUCGGCGAGUCUGCCCGCCUCAUCAAGGCCCUCUUCGAGCUGGCCCGCGCAGAGAAGCAGGCCGUCAUCUUCAUCGACGAGAUUGACGCCCUUGCCUCUGCUAGGGGCGGCGGAGAGGAGAGCGACGCGUCUCGCCAGAUCAAGACCGAGUUCCUCGUGCAGAUGCAGGGCGUCGGCAAGACCGGCGGGAACGUCCUGGUUCUGGGCGCGACAAACUACCCGGAGGCGCUCGACAGCGCCAUCCGCCGCCGCUUCGAGAAGCGCAUCGAGAUCGUCCUCCCAGACGCCGCUGCCAGAGCAAAUAUCAUAAAGAAUUGCAUCGGCACUACGCCCAAUGUGCUAGCAGAUGAGGAUAUCACUGAGCUCGGACAGCAAACAGAAAACUACUCUGGCUCUGACCUCAGCAUAUUGUGCAAGGAAGCUCUCAUGGACCCCGUGCGCGUGUUGCAGAAGGUGUCCUACUUCCGCCUCAAUAAGAUCACAGGCAUGUACGAGGUUUCAGCAUCAGACAUGCCCGGCGCUGAGAAGAAAGACUUUAUGGAUAUUCCCAACGAUAAGCUGACGGUUCCCUAUGUCACUGUGAGUAGCCUGUUGCGUGCCAAGGCAGCCGUGAAGUCGAGCGUCUCCCAAGCUGACAAGUCGCGCAUAGCGAAGUUCACAGCGGAGUUCGGCUCCACCUGA